CUUCGUUUUAACAUUUGCUUAGAGUGUGAAGUCUUCUCUGUUUCAAAUGUGGAAGAAAGCUAUUAAUGUUUCUGGAAGUGCAGAAGAAAUAAAAGAAUUAGAAAUCGUCUUUGCAGCAUAGAACAGCUAUUUGAUCCUACUUGUUUUCCGAGAUAUGUGGUUUUAGCAUGUACAAUACUACAGAUAUAUAUGAUGAUGAUGUUGAUGAUGACAUUCCAACUCAGUAUGUCAUUCAGCAAAGUUUGCAGGACAUUCAUAAGAGUGAGAAAGAGGCUACAGCAAAAAAUGACAGCUUUAAUUUUGCUACAAGUACAGAUUAUAGGAAGAUCAUCACUGCCAUUCGGACAGGUGAAGAAGAGGCUUUGCUUAAGUUAAUGAGGUGUGGCUCUGCUUUUCGGGAAGCAGACCAGCAAGGGUGCCUUCCUUUACAUGAAGCUGCAGCACAACCCAACAAGAAUAUUCUAGAAAUAACUCUCAAAGCUUCACACCCCGUGGUGUGGCAACUGACAAACCUGAAAGGGGAAACACCUCUGUUUGUAGCAGUGGACAAAUGUCUUGAGAAAAAUGUCAAAUUUCUCCUCAUCAAUGGUUUUAAUCCUGAUGUGAAGAAUGAAGAAGGAGAUUCUGCUUUAAUUAUUGCAAUUAAACACGAUUCGUACGAAAUUGUCUCCUUGCUGUUACAAUUUGGUGCCGAUGUCAAUCUCCAGUGUGUCAACAAGAGGACAGCUUUACAUGAGGCGGCCAGGCUAGGCUUCAAAAACAUGGUGGAGCUUCUGCUUUGGUCUAAAGCCGAUCCGGAUCCACGGAGUGCAUAUGGACUCACCCCUCUAGCACUGGCAGCGCAGAAUGGGCAUACAGAAAUUCUGGAAAUUCUAUUGCGUAAAGGUGCCAAUGUUCUUUCCCAGGCAUCUGAUUGUGCAUCCAUAUUAUUUGAAGCUGCUGGAGGAGGAAAUCCCGAUUGUGUCUCUCUUCUACUAGAGUAUGGAGCUGAUGCUAAUGUACCAAAGCAUUCAGGUCACCUGCCCAUUCACAGAGCUGCUUAUAGAGGACACCUCUUAGUUGUACAGAUCUUGGUUCCAGUGACAGACAGUGCUGCCAUCAAGGAGAGUGGGAUCAGUCCAGUUCACUCUGCAGCCGCAGGCGGACAUCCUCAGUGCCUUGAGUUCCUUCUCAAAUCUGGAUUUGAUGCCAAUUUUAUGUUGCAUCAGAGAAUUCGCAAAGGCUAUGACGAUGAGAGGAGGUCAGCCUUGUAUUUUGCUGUCUCUAAUGGGGAUAUUGACUCCGUUCAGUUGCUCCUGGAUGCUGGAGCCCUACCAAACCAAGACCCAGUUAACUGUCUCCAGCUGGCCUUGAGAAUGGGCAACUACGAGCUCAUUGGAAUCCUGCUUCGCCAUGGGGCCAAUGUGAACUAUUUCUGUAGGGUUAAUACAACACAUUUCCCAUCAGCUCUGCAGUACACGUUGAAAGAUGAAGUAAUGUUAAGGAUGUUGCUGAAUUAUGGGUACAAUGUUCACCGCUGCUUCGAUUGUCCUCAUGGAGCCAGUGUGCAUUCCCAGUACAUAUUUGAAGGGUGGACCUCAACUGUUAUCAAAGACACAAUGUUCUGUGAGGUGGUAACAGUAGCGUGGUUAAAGCACCUGUCUGGGAAAGUGGUGCGUGUGAUGCUAGAUUAUGUUGAUCAUGUCAAGAUCUGCUCUAAGCUUCAAGUUGUACUUCAAGAACAGAAACUCUGGCCAGAAAUCCACGAAAUUUUGACAAACACCCGUUCUCUGCAACAUCUUUGUCGUCUGAAAAUCCGCAAGUGCUUAGGACGUUUGCGUCUACGCUGCCCUGUCUUCCUUACAUUUCUGCGAUUACCAAACCGUUUGAAAGACUAUAUUCUCUAUAAGGAAUAUGAUCUCUAUGGACAAGGAAACCUGAAAGGAAUUUACUAAUGCAGAAGCAGAACCAGUGGAUGUGCUCCCAGUUCCAUGGCUGAAGGAUCUUAUGCAUGCUUCCCCUCUCCCCAAAUAUUCCUCACUGCUUGCACUCUGGAAGCGCCAGGAAAAGGCACAACCAAUUCUUGUGGCCCCAUACUGGCCUGGACAUGUGUGAUUCUCAGGAGUGCUUCAUUUAACUGGUGUCACACCCUUGGGCCUUGCCACCUCAGCCAGAUCUACUGUUACAGGACCCAGUAUUACAACAAGAAUCAGGGCGGUUGAGGUGCUUGAGCAGCAACAUUUAAGUCAGCUCAGUGAUUACUGACACUAAAUGACAUCUCAAUGUGGAACCAAUUGUGGAACCUUCAGAAAAUUCUUUUGGCUUUACAGCAUCCUCCGAUUGAGUCA